CCGCAACUGGAGGACUGGAGUGACGACAUGGAUCUGCGCAUAAACACGGCCAUUACAUCUGCCAAGGAGCGAAAUAUGAUUUCAGCGGGCGACACAGUAAUCAUAGUCGUUGGUUCAUUGGCUGGUGAAGGCAGCACCAACACCAUGCAGAUAUUCCACGUUCCAGACGAUCAGCGCACCCUAAAGGUGGUCAGCUCGAAAAACGAUCUCGCCUAUGCCGAAUUGGCCUCAGAUGCUGUGAAGACCUCUGAUGAGACAACGCGUCUUCGAGGUACAGAGUUGUUGGUACCCCUUUAG